AUGGGACAACAUAACACAACAGAUCCGCCGAUCCUGAUCAUCGGCGCCGGUAUUGCGGGUCUCGCACUAGCCCAAGGUUUACGUCUCCGUUCAAUUCCAUUCCGCCUCUUCGAACGAUAUUCUAAGUCACGCAGCUCACAAGGCCAUCGUUUUCGCAUCUCAAAAGAUGGUCAAGCCGCUCUCGAUAGCGUUUUAUCUCCUGAACUUCAGGACCUACUUCGACGCACCGAGGCCGAGAGAUAUCCCUUCGAGCCGCGAUAUGUAGAUGUCAGAAAGCUCGAGUUCGCAAAGCAGACACUGAUCGACCCGGUCUCCAUGCCCGUGGACAGGACGUGGAUUCGUCUAUUACUUGCGCUGAACAUCAAUGAUGCCAUAGAGUACGAAAAAGAGUUCGAAUCUUACAGGGUUAUCGGAGAUCAAGUUCAAGUUAGAUUUGUGGACGGAUCGACAGCGCUUGGACGGUUACUUGUGGGUGCAGAUGGCAUUCGGAGCCGCGUGCGCACACAACUCCAGCCCGAUCGCAAGCUGCUUGAUCUAGAACGCUGGCUCAUGUGGGGUAGAACUCCACUGACGGACGAUCUCAAGAAAAGUGUACCAAAAGAUAUGCUUAGUUGGUGUAUGUACCAGGAUCAGGAAUCGAACGUCCAGAUUAUUGUCGAUCCGAUGAUAUGGUCGAAAAGCGUCCGGCAAGAAUCAAACGCAAGGCUACCUGACUUUUCCGACUACGCCUACUGGUCGUCUGUACGGCGCCUUUUCAGUAUUCGACGGUUUUACCUAAGGCAACGGGUGAGAAAAGGCAGUUCCUAG